AGUCCAGAAGUGAUCGGUCAGUCUUCUCCGUCUCCCCCUCUCUCUCAUGGCCUUCUCCCUCUCCAUCGUUCCCGCCCCUUGCCCAUCCUUCCGGCCCCUCGCUCUCCCAGGCCGAACCGGCCCCGGUCCGCUUCACCUCCCAACUAACCCGAAUCGCUCCUCCUCCUCUCUCUCUUCUCGUCACCACUUCUUCCUCGCCCCUCUCACCACCACCUCCCCAAUCCGUCCGGCGACCGCUGUCGCCGCCGCCCCCCUCAUCUCCCCCCACGACCAAUGGGGCACCUGGACCGCCCUCUUCGCCACCGGCGCCUUCGGCAUCUGGUCGGAGAAGACCAAGCUCGGAAGCGCGCUGAGCGGGGCCCUGGUGAGCACGCUGGUCGGAUUGGCCGCGAGCAGCACCGGGAUCCUCGCCUCCGAUGCUCCAGCCUAUAAGGUGGUGUUGGAGUACUUGCUUCCCUUGGCCGUUCCCUUGCUUCUCUUCAAUGCCGAUCUUCGCCGAGUCCUCAGGUCCACCGGGACACUCCUCCUGGCGUUCUUGGUUGGAUCUGUUGCGACCACAAUUGGCACAGUAGUAGCCUAUCUGCUGGUGCCAAUGCGAUCACUUGGUCAAGAUAACUGGAAGAUUGCAGCAGCCCUGAUGAGCAGGCAUAUUGGUGGAGCGGUCAAUUAUGUAGCUGUUUCGGAGGCUCUUGGUGUUUCCCCAUCAGUACUGGCUGCAGGGCUAGCUGCAGAUAAUGUUAUAUGUGCAAUAUAUUUCACAUCGCUUUUUGCAUUGGCUUCUAAAAUACCUCCAGAGACUUCCACAUCUACCACAGAUGGUGAAGUGGAUCCCGAAUUCAGAGCAGGAAACAAGUUACCUGUCUUACAAAGUGCAAUGGCCAUUGCUAUAUCCUUUGCAAUCUGUAAAGCAGCCACUUACAUUACUAAAUUGUUGGGCAUUCAAGGAGGGAAUCUUCCAUGCAUAACAGCAAUUGUUGUGGCCUUGGCAACUAUAUUUCCAUCACAAAUUGGAAACCUUGCUCCUGCUGGCGAGGCUAUGGCUUUAAUUCUGAUGCAGGUUUUCUUUGCUGUUGUGGGAGCAAACGGUAGCAUUUGGAAUGUUAUCAACACGACACCUGGUAUCUUUGCAUUUGCUUUAGUUCAAAUUGCUGUGCAUCUUGCUGUGCUUCUUGGGAUUGGAAGGUUGCUCGGGUUUGAGCAGAAGUUGCUGCUCAUCGCUUCAAAUGCCAAUGUUGGGGGGCCUACAACAGCAUGUGGAAUGGCAACUGCCAAAGGUUGGAGUUCUUUAAUAGUUCCUGGUAUUCUUGCAGGCAUUUUUGGCAUCGCCAUUGCAACUUUUCUAGGCAUUGGGUUUGGAAUGUUUGUUCUGCAAAAAAUGUAGCAUUCUUCCAGGAGGUAAGUCUGGCACUUGGUGGCCUUGUAGAUGUGCCACUGAAUCAUUGUGUGAAAAUAUGGACUACUUAUAUUUAGUUGCUAUUUAUUUUUCCCAAACUCUCCAUUUGUACGUUCUCUAAACAUAGCAGCAAGCUACCAGGCACCUUUUGCCAUGAGUGUGCUCAGCAAGGGCAAGAGCCAUUGGAAUAAGUUCUGUAACCGGAGAACUACAUGAUACAAUCAAACUUGUGUUUCAUUUCAGAUUA